AUGUCUCGUGUCGUCUUGUCUCCCAACGCGUUUAGGGAUAUUGAUACUGAGGGCGAGGAGCGCUUUAUAGCUACUCUUUGCGCUGCCGUCAACGGUAUUGUAGAGCCUGCGGUGGGCGCCAGUGCAAUCGAUAUCCUCGUUAGAGAGCAAAGUCUCGAAGCAUAUACCAAAUACAAAGAAAGUGAGGAGCGCGAUGACGGCGUGCGAGAUGUGACCAACUGGCAACGCUAUCUAUGGCGCUUGCUAGCUGAGGCAGCCAUGGCCCUUACCCCCGGCUACCUAGGUCAAGAUGUCCUCAUCCACCUAGUCCAGGAGCUUAUGCUGCUACCGAAACAUAGUCUCCUUUGGAUUAACUACUAUGGUGAAGAGCACCAAUUGGAACUGUGGACGGUGAAUUAUGAAAAUUGCUUUGGAGACCUUCCUUCCCUCAUGUUUUCUCUCACCAACAGCGACGAUUCUUUGGCUACUCGCUAUGUCCGCUUCUCCUCUGUCCACGCUAGGCUCGUCGGCGCGUGUAUCGCCAACGUCCUGGACCUCUGCCCUUUUGGGUCCUUUGGUUACGCGAUUACACGCGACAAGGCCGGCCCGGGAGAUGAUGAUCGGGUACUGGCGGCAUCACAGUGGACUUUCAAUGCAGGUAUGGUUCUUUGGGAAAUAUGCGAGAAGAGAGUGUGGAACUAUUAUUCGUACGGACCUCAUAUUUGGAAGAGCUGGGCGGCUGUAUUCACCAGGGCAGCAGCGGCUGAUAACCGCUACGGCAACGAGGCUCGAGAAGCAGCUCGUCAGGCGCUUCAUCAUAUGAAAGACGUAGAGAAACAGGGCAUUAUUAGCAAUGUUUCUAUUGUAGAUGUGUUUGGUAUGCGGGUCAUCGCGGAUAGCGACGAGGAAGUGGAUGAAGAGGAGGAAAAUAAGGAAUAG